UCAUCCAGCCAGCCCGUUUUUUCAGUCCCCCCAAAAACCGCGACGUACACUGUCAUGGCACCCGCUUUUGUGAUUUUUUGAGACGCACGGCCGCGCGGCACCGUACGCAAACACGACACGACACGGCACGCACACGCACACGCGAGCCCCGCAAUCGUCGCGCGUUCGGCGAUUUUUUUUCACAACAAGCGGACUAGCGGAAACCACCCUCUCCCUCGUGCCACACGAUAAAAUAAAACAUGAGCUCAGGUAGACCAAUAAAAUGUGUAGUGGUAGGAGAUGGAACAGUAGGAAAGACCUGCAUGUUGAUAUCGUACACGACAGACAGUUUUCCUGGAGAAUAUGUACCUACUGUGUUUGACAACUAUUCUGCACCAAUGGUUGUUGAUGGGAUUCCAGUCAGUUUAGGACUAUGGGAUACGGCAGGACAGGAAGAUUAUGACAGACUGCGUCCUCUUUCCUAUCCUCAGACAGAUGUGUUUCUCAUUUGUUUCUCAGUAACGAGCCCUUCGUCAUUUGAAAAUGUCACCAGUAAAUGGUAUCCUGAAAUAAAACAUCACUGCCCAGAUGCACCAAUGAUACUCGUUGGAACUAAAAUAGACUUACGAGAUGACCGUGAAACGCUUACUGCCUUAGCUGAACAGGGCCUUAGUGCUAUCAAGCGUGAACAGGGACAGAAGCUGGCAAACAAGAUUCGUGCGGUGAAAUACAUGGAGUGUUCUGCUCUUACACAACGUGGACUGAAGCAGGUAUUCGACGAGGCGGUACGCGCCGUUUUAAGACCUGAGCCACAAAAACGUCGGCAAAGAAGAUGCAUUAUGUUAUAAACGACGAAAGGAAUUGAAAGGAAUCAUAGGUAUACACGUAUAUAAAGCAAGAGAUCAAAAUACAUUUGAUCAUGCAAGGAAAAAAAUAUUAAUGUUUUAAAGAGAAGACUAGUACAUGCAUUUUAACGAAUUAUUCUCUGGCAGCUAUAGAAUAUACCAUAUUAUGGAAAGAGUACAACUUAAAACUUCCUGGUCUCGACGCGAGUCACGAUACUAAAUUCACGACCAGAAAGUUUAGACAACGAGAAAGUAAGAAGAAAAAGAAAGGAUAGAGUAAAUACAUUAUUUAGCAGCAUUUUUGCAAGAGGAAGUUUAUAAGUUACAAGCUUACGGGUGUCUUUCCUUAAAUUUGCAUUUAUACAUAUACAAUAUAUUUGCAUAACGAUAAAAGGAUACUAUAUGACCAUAGUAAUGUGCAGUCAAUAGUUUAGUAAAAAAAGUCUUAUGACAUUUUUUUGUAUUCUAUGGAGAAUCUCUGUUAAUUAAUAUUGCGGUCCUGCAAAUCGAUAAUACAGUGUAAAUGUGCUGUGAUGAUUAAAAGCAUUAAGUAUCGAAGCUUUACUUAUCAGGGCUGCCAGAUUUUUGACUUUUUUACAUUUACAAUAGUAGGAACAUUGAUUUUAGUACAUGUGUGUAACGCGAUAGCUAUCGUUAUAAUCACACAUGCUGAAAAGUUUUACGCGGCGUAAAACUAGCAUUAUAGAAUUAUUUAAACAUACAGUGCCAUAGCAACGAAAAAUCAAAUCUUACAAGCACUCUUAAUCAGUUUUAGACAAUAUAUAUUUUUUACUGACAAAUACGAAAAUUUUUAAAAGAUAAACAGCCAGAGAAAUUAUGAGUGCAUAAUGGUUUUGUAGACAGAGAAGUAGCAUGUUUGUCUUUCCAUUUUUUUUUAGACAAUUGAGAUUUUUAUUUUUAUCCAUACUUCCAAGAAAGAAAUGUAUGGUUAUGCAAACAUAAUACUGCCAUAAAAUAACGUAACGUGAAAAUUUCAUAAUAUUCCUAACAUAUUAUUAGAGGAGGAAAAUUGCGAUAAUGUUACAUAAUAAUUACGCAAAUUAACUUUCAUCAAGAAACACGGUGGUAUACGCGUAGCACAAGACCGCCCCAUGGAUUUACACGCGAGCCAGCCUGUUGCGAGUAUUCGAGAGAUUAUCGAAUUUCAAUAACAGCUGAUCUAAGUAGGCUCAAUUGAUAGUUUGGGUUUGAAUUGCAUAAUGAUGCAUAUGAAACAUUUGUUAUUGAUUGCGACAUAUUUGUGUGUUUUGAAAGGAAUAAUAACGUAUUGUGUAUGUGCAUUAAUAUCUAUUUUAUUUUGAUAAAUUAAAAAUGGAGAAUAUUUUAAUACGUGUAUAAUUUUUAUACGUGUAUUGAAUUUUAUAAUAUAAUUUUUUAUUUAUAACAUAAUGUUUUUUGUUUGUGUUUGUAAUGGAGGUUUUAAUAUUGUACGAGUUCUUGCAUUAGUGCAAUUUGACUUGACUAUUGAUAUUUUUCGAAUUCACAUGAACUGAAUGUUCUUUAUAAAAAGAUAAUAAUCAAAAGAAAUGUAGCAGUUGAUGAUAACAUAAAACGCUGACAACAAAUACACAGCGAUGCAAAGUCCAUCUAAAUUGAAAUAUAUAAAUAUAGCACAAUGUAUUUUCUUAAAUAUCAUAGUAAAUAUCUCACUCUCUUCCAUUUAUUUGUAUGAAAAUUGUUUACAUAAAAAUUGUGGGAAAACUAGUACGAUGAUUUAGAAAGAUAGAUAUCUUGUACAAAUAAGUAUAAAAUUAAGUCCAUAUCAUUGUCUUUAAUUCAUUAUCUUAUUAAUUGAUAUCAUAAUUGCGAUUGUAUUUUUUUACAGAUUUUUUCUAUUUAUGUUUAGUUAAAAAAGAAUCAAAUUUUUAUUAAUACAGAUAUUAUAUAUGCUCUCUAAAAACUCAAUGGUAAACCGAUGAAAUGGAUAUUAUCCUUGUGAUCACGCUAUUUUUUUAUAUUCGAAAGCUUAGGAUAGAACAGAUAGGACCUUUGUGCCAUAUAUGCUUUUUUCAUUUGUAAAUCGGAUAAUCAUACUCCAAUUAAACUUAUAUUAUUCAAAACAAGUUCUCAGAUAAUUCAUAAUAUUUCAAAAUUGAAUCAAAAGAAUAACAUUUAAUAGCACAAUGGCUAAGACUGAAUAAUUAAUUGAAAGAAUGAUUUUACUUUUGAAAGAAAGUAGAAAAGAAUUUCGAAACAAUGAAAAGCAUAAACUUUGCUCUUAUAAUCUACAUUAAUAAUAUUAAUUAGUUUACAAAUACAAAUUUUACAGUUGCCUAAGAAGAUUAAAUAAUUGCUUAGCGAUCGAUGAUCGUUUUGGCUAUUCUAGUCUCAAAAUGCUAUAAGAAGCAAACGAAAAGGCAUAUUACAAGUUUACUAAGUGUACAUAAUGUAGUAUAGAAGCAUACUCUAAAUUUUGAUCGAAUUUAUAUUAAUCUUUUAAAAUGUAAUUUUGGAUUGUUUUUGUACUCCUUAAAUUUUUAUGCGCCAAUAGGUCUUAUCACUUGAUUAAAAUACCGCAGUUAAUGUUUAUUUGCUGUUUGAUUUGUGUGACACGUUUGAAAUAAAAUAUAAUAAUCGCUAAAUAAUUAUAUAAUAUAUAUAAUAUAUAUAACUAUAUAUAAUUAUAUAUAUAAUUAUUUAACGGUAAAAUAUAUUUAUAUAUCUGCUUUCAAAAAUUACAAAAAUAAAUUGCUAGAGUAUUCUCAAAAUUAAAAGUGUAUUUCUCUUCAACGAUUAAUUCUAGCAUCUUUGUUUAUUGCGGUUUAAGAUAGUUUAAAUUUUAUAUAUAUAUGUAUACCCUUGUAUAUGUAUAGUAAUACAUUAGUUAAGUAUAAAAAUACCACAAUUAUGUAUUAUAAUGUAAUACACAGAUUGCAUUUUUUGUAAGUAGUGCACUUAUCUUACAAAUUUUCAGGUACUUACCAUUUGCGCGUUUCUUCCUUUACAUUACGUACUGUCAAAAUGAAUUACAACGAUGCAGCAAUAUUUUGUUUUUAUGCCGAUUUUACAUGCAUUUUUUAAUAUACAAUAUUUGAAAGAUAUAGACAUAUAUCAUUUAUGAUUUUUGAUUACUAAAAUGGAACAAAUUUGGUUACAGAAUUAAUAUAAAAUAACAAUGAUAACAUUACUAAUGAGAUGGAUGUGUAUACUGUCUGUAUUUCCUAAUAAUGAGCUUUAAUUUGAGCAUGAUGUAAUUUAAAUUACACUACUUACAACUUUUGCACUUAAUGGAGAUUGUAGGAUGCGAAUUACUUUCUCAUCUUUCCUCUUUUUAACGAAAUCAUCGAGGGAUUGCUAUGUGAACCAAAGUUAUAUAUUACAAUUUAAGAUAACAUCUAUGUUUUUUAUUAUGGACUAUUGCACAUAAGUAUAAAAAGAAUGAAUGUAUGAAAUGUAAAGAUAUUCUAGUCAUCACGAAUCUGCUUCUAACUUUUAUUUGUGUACGUGAAUAAUGCUGUCAGAUUGCAUAUAAAAAGAAAUAUAAUUCGUAAACGGAGCAACUAAGCGUGUGAAUGAAUGAAACGGGAAAUGAGGGCUGAAAGGAAAGGGGAUAUGAAAGUAAAAAUGCAACUUAAUAUUGUCAAUUUAGGUAGAAUGCAAGAAAACCAAACGACGUGGGAGUAGAAAUUCUGUAGAAAUUACAAAUAUAUGUAUAUGUGCUAGGAUACAUAACUUUAAUUAUGAGUAAUUUAUAAACAUUUGUCUAUUUUCGUAUGUAUAACAGAAUUCAUUAUUUAUAUACUAACAGGACAGCAUAAGAGAGCGUCCCGUUUACAAGUUUUUAAAUCUACUGAUUUAUAAAUUUACAAAUAAUGAGAUACCUCACAUUAAUUUUAUAAAUUUACUUUACAAAAGGACGUAAUGUUUUUACAACUGUACUCCAUGCUUAAUGCACUCUUUUGCUGUCGAUCUGAUAGCGAAACGGUAACAAAUAGUGGCCUCAAAAUUUCAUUUCUAUUGUCUCGUUUUCCUUGUGGAAAAUUAUUCUCACUAUUAAUGUCGCGCACUAUCAGCGCUAUUGCCUUCUAUUUACAUUGUUUAUUAGACGUCAAACAAGGAUAGAAUUUGGCGCAAUAGCUUUGAUAAGGCGCUCUCCCAUGCAACCCUAGACAAUUGCAAUGUGAGUAACUUGACUACGCAUAUUCUAUAUGGCACUAGGAAGCAUUUAUUUUUUAUUUACAUGUAUUUUGAAAACAACUUUUUCAAAUAAACGAUACAAUAAAAUCAUUA